CUACUUGUCCUCCAGUCGCUCGCGACGCCGGCACUCAGUCGCCGCUUCCCUGAUCGAACCGCCUCCCUAAGCGCUUGGCUCUUUUAGCAGCAUCCGGCCUUGGCAACUGCAAGGCACGGCCUGAACACCCGCGCAAAGCCGCGUUGACCGCCGGUCGCCGGUGACGUGCGGCAGCAGCAGCCGCAGCCGACACGCCGCAGGCACAACCCAAGCUAACAGCCACACAUGGCGAGCUACAGCCCCGUCAGCCCGCAGCCCGGCACUUCCGAGGCGCCGGGCGGCGUCAGCCAGCCGGCACCCGGCAUGGGCGAGAAGGACGCCAAGCGCAUCGCGGAGGGCGUGAACGAGGAGUACCACGACCCUCUGGACGACUGGUCCAGUCGUGACACGCUGCUGGGCCUCAUCCCGCUCAUCAUGGCCUUUGCGCUGCAGGAUGGCAACUUUAAGGUGGGCCUCAUCAUCGCGCUGGCCGCCGCCGGCUUCCUGUUGGUCAUGCGCACCAUGGCCUGGGACAGCCGCUACAAGAAGGUGUGGCCCAUGCUUGAGCUCAUCUCCAUCCCCUUAUUCGCCAUCCUGCUGGGACUGAGCUACGUCAACAACUACCAGGUCAACAAGUGGUUCCCCACCAUCGCCGCCAUCACCUUCGCCCUCAUGACCUUCCUGAGCAUUGCCUGGCGCCGCCCCUGGGUGGGUCACUACGCGCGCUUCCCCAAGUUCGACCGCGGCGGCAGCCUGCUGUGGCGCCACACGCCCAACUGGCGCCGCACCUGCGACCUUGCCACACUGGGCUGGCUGAUCGCCUUCGUCGCCACGGCCUGCCUGACGCUGGUGCCGCAAAUCACCGGUGGCCACCGUGGCCGCAACUCCAAGAACAUCAUCUUCAACUACCUGUUCCCGGCGGGCUUUGCUCUGGCCGGGCUCAUCCACCAGCAGAUGCUGGGCAACCACUACCGCAAGAGCACUGUUCGCAACCUGGACCGCUACUUCGGCCGCACACAGCUGGGGAGCGUGCCCGGAGCUGGAGCCAUGCGCACGGCCGAGACGCCCUACCCCUCCGGGGCCGCGGAGGCCACCGGCCCCACCACCGUCUGAGCGCGCCGGCGGUGGCAUGCGGGCUCUGCCCGGCCUAGCAGCUGCCUGACGGCGUUUGCAAGGGCGGUUGUUUUAUUGUAGCGCGGCAGUGUCCAGGCUUGGUUGGCGUGCAUGUGGAGGGGGAGUCUGUUUGUCAGCUGAAAUUGAUGCAUCUGUGGUUCCGAUGGUCAAUGGUGCCACAGUCACUUUUGCCACCGCAUCUACCAUGCUGACCCCUCAUGACAUGACAGCGUGUGGCAUUCAGAUGCAUGGUGUGCGGCGCUGCCGGAUUGCCUUGGCCGCCGUGGCAGGCAUGCUUUGACGUUGAAGUGACGCACUGUCGGGCUCCGUAGAGGGUUGGCUACGCACUUAAACUGCAAAGGUUGGUAGCUGUAGGCAGGCAUGCUAGCUGUUGACAUGCGGCGGUGAUCGGUACCUGUGCAUCCC